AUUAACCACACGUAAGUCACGUGAUUCAAACCGCGGGAAAGAGUGUCUUUGUUGUUGGCGUGAAAAUGGAUGUUGCAGAACAAGUUGCUCGCACUAAUCAAGUGAAGGAUCAGACAGGAGAGCGAUGCCAAAAGCUUUUUCAAGACUUCCUAGAAGAGUUUAAUGUUGAUGGGGAACAGAAAUAUUUAGCUGAAGUGCAAGAACUGAUCCGACCAGAGAGAAAUACACUGACUGUAAGUUUUGAAGAUGUUGAAAAAUAUAACCAGCAGCUUGCCACAGCUGUUCUAGAGGAAUAUUACAGAGUGUACCCAUAUUUGUGCCGAGCAGUACGCAACUAUGCCAAAGAUUGGGGACAGAUCCCACCCAAUAAAGAAUUUUAUGUCAGUUUCAUUGAUGUUCCAUCCAGGCUAAAAGUAAGAGAAUUGACCACAGCUAAGAUAGGGACCUUACUACGUAUAACUGGUCAGGUUGUACGCACCCACCCUGUACAUCCAGAGCUUGUCAGUGGCACAUUUAUGUGUCUGGAGUGUAGAACUAUUAUCAAAGAUGUUGAACAACAAUUUAAAUUCACACAGCCAAGUAUAUGCAGAAACCCAGUAUGCAACAAUAGGUCAAAGUUCAUGCUAGAUGUGAACAAGUCACGAUUUGUAGACUUCCAGAAAGUUAGAAUACAGGAAACCCAAGCUGAGUUACCUCGAGGAAGCAUACCUAGGAGUGUUGAAGUGGUGUUGAGAGCUGAGGCAGUUGAGAUGGCACAAGCAGGAGAUAAAUGUGACUUUACCGGAACUCUUAUUGUUGUACCAGAUGUGAGCACUUUAUCUACCGCAGGUGCUAGAGCCGAGACUUCAGCUAAAGUAUCAGCUAACUCAGGAUAUGAGAAUGAAGGUGUACGAGGCCUGAAGGCACUUGGUGUACGAGACUUGAACUACAGAAUGGCUUACCUGGCAUGUACAGUCACCUCAACAAAUGCAAGGUUUGGUGGAAGCUCCUUGAAGGAGGAAGAAAUGACAGCUGAGAAUGUUAAGAAACAGAUGACAGAUGAAGAAUGGCAGAAAGUUUACGAGAUGUCCAGAGAUAAAAAUCUGUAUCAAAAUCUCUGCUCUAGUCUGUUCCCAACUAUACACGGUAAUGAUGAAAUAAAGCGAGGAAUUUUGCUGAUGUUGUUUGGUGGUGUUCCUAAACAGACGCUAGAACAAACAAAGCUUAGAGGUGAUAUAAACAUCUGUAUAGUUGGUGACCCUAGUACCGCGAAGUCGCAGUUCCUGAAACAAGUAGAGGAGUUCAGUCCACGUGCGGUGUACACCAGUGGGAAGGCAAGUACAGCAGCAGGUUUGACUGCGGCUGUUGUUAGGGACGAGGAAUCUCACGAGUUUGUGAUCGAGGCUGGAGCCCUGAUGUUAGCUGAUAACGGUGUUUGCUGUAUUGAUGAGUUUGACAAGAUGGACCCAAAAGAUCAGGUGGCAAUUCACGAGGCUAUGGAACAGCAGACCAUCUCUAUAACUAAAGCAGGCGUCCGAGCUACAUUGAAUGCGAGAACAUCUAUUCUGGCUGCAGCUAAUCCUAUUGGAGGACGAUAUGACAGAUCAAAGUCACUGAAGCAGAACAUCACACUGACAGCACCCAUCAUGUCCAGAUUUGAUCUCUUCUUUAUUCUUGUUGAUGAAUGUAAUGAAGUAACAGAUUAUGCUAUAGCCCGGCGUAUUGUAGACCUUCACAGUCGUAACGAGGAGUCAGUAGAUCGUGUUUACUGUGUGGAGGAUAUUAUGAGAUAUCUGAUGUUUGCCAGGCAGUUCAAACCCAAGAUCAGUAAGGAAGCACAGGAUUAUAUGAUUGAGGAAUAUAAGAGACUAAGACAAAGGGACGGCACUGGGGCAGCCAAGUCAGCGUGGAGGAUCACAGUACGUCAGCUGGAGAGUAUGAUCCGGUUGUCGGAGGGUAUGGCCAGGAUGCACUGUCAAGAUGAGGUUCAGCCCAAGCACGUGAAGGAAGCGUUCCGGUUGUUGAACAAGUCAAUUAUACGUGUAGAACAACCAGACAUUCAUCUAGAGGAGGAGGAGGACGAACAAGAUCAACAAGAUGUCGAGAUGGAAGUUGAUGAAAAUACUCCACCAGCUACUGAUAAGCCCGAGGAGAACCAAGCAGCUGCUGGUCACCCGAAGAAGGGCCUCAAAUUGUCAUAUGAUGAGUACAAACAGAUGGCUAACCUCAUGGUAUUGUACAUGAGGAAAUCGGAGGAAGAAUCUGAUGAAUCUGACACCGCUGGUUUACGUCGCAGUAACCUGAUAAGCUGGUACCUUGGUGAGAUGGAGAGUGAAAUCGAAUCCGAGGCGGAGCUCAUCGAGAAAAAAUCUGUGGUAGAGAAAGUACUAGAUCGCCUAGUACAUCAUGACCAUGUUCUUAUUGAGCUAACACAGACUGGACUUGGGAAAAGAUUAAAAAAAGAUGAUGAGAGUUUAAUUAAAGAGGAUGACCCAUUCCUUGUUGUACAUCCAAACUAUGUGGUGGACUGAGAGACCAAAAAAUGUAGAAUUCACAAAUCUGUAUCUGUUAUUACUCCAAAAUGAAAUUUACAAGAUCUGAAACUUACGGUUCGAAAUAAUAUUUCUUUAAACCUUUUGUAACAAAGCAUUGAUAUUUUUGUCAGCAAAAUAUUUUCAAUUUACUUUUAUAAUCAUUGAUUUAUUACAUAGAUUAAUUCUUGUUGGGGUAAAAAAAAGAAUUGUGUUGUAGUUAAAUAACAAAACAGUAAGGAUUUCCUUUAAAGUGCACUCGAUCUAUAAACUUAGCACCAUUGGGUAGGGUAUUGCAAGUUGCAUUGUUAAUUUACUUGCACACAAUCUGCAAUUAUUUAAGAAGAUUUUGUACAAUAUAUCAGAUUAUGAUAAAUUGGAUUAUGCUUUGUCUUUUGUAAUCUAUAUACAAUUUGCCUGUCUAAAUUUUUACGUAUAUUUUGUACAUGUUCAAUAUAUAUGAUGAUUUUUGAUAUACAUAAAUAAUCUAAGCUGGUAACGGGACCAAUUUUGUACAAUGUUCACCAGAAUAUUUUCAGUAUGUGUUCAAAAAAUCAUGUGUUCACUUGUUACAAAUUUUGUUAUGUUUAAGAAUAUGUGUUUAAAACUAAUGUGUUCAAAAAACCUUGUUAUCUAUAAGGGUAUGUGUUCAAAGGUGAUGUGUUCAUCCAACUAUUCUUGUUAUCUAUAAGGGUAUGUGUUCAAAGGUGAUGUGUUCAUCCAACUAUUCUUGUUAUCUAUAAGGGUAUGUGUUCAAAGGUGAUGUGUUCAUCCAACUAUUCUUGUUAUCUAUAAGGGUAUGUGUUAAAAAAUAAUGUGUUCAAUUGUAAAAAAAUGCUUUUUCUUUGAAAAAAAAAUAUGUUUGAUAUCUUUUUCUUGGUACUCUAUACUUCCAGUAAUACAUAAUUGUAUAAAACUUUUGUCAUUUAAGUCUUUGUAUUGUUUUAUACAAACUUAACUGUAGAGACUUCUUUUGUUGAAAAAUUAUUAGAAAUGAUUUUGAACUUUUUAAGAAGACCCAAUUAACUGUAAGUGCUUGUAUGUUAUAAAAUAUUUGUUCUGUAAAUAAGUCACUAUUGAGAUAAUUAAAAAGAAAGAAAAAUAGAAAUUUAGAAGAAAA